AGUAUAUAAAUAACAAAUAAAUAUAUUAAUUAAUUUCCAUCAUGUGCUUGUCUUCCUUCCCUCCAAUCAUUUUCCUUUGUUUUUCUUUUCUUUUUCAUUUUCAUUUUCUCUCCUUCUAAAUUAAUUAUUUUCCGGGAAAAUUUCUUUCACUCUGUGUUCUCUGGUUUUCCGGCGACAGAGAAGGAAGUAGAAGAGUAUAAGGAAUAAAUUUCUCUGCUUCUACGGAAACUCUUUUUCUUCCCUUUCCUUUACCUUCUCAAUUUCCGUGAUCAACUCAAACUCUUCAACAACUACUACUUCAAUAACUUUCUUCCAUGAUUUUCCUCUAACAUCUCUCCUCUCUUCAGUUUCACAAGAAAAGUGACCGAAAAUGGACAAACAUUCUGGGGAUUCUUUGCCAGUUCAUGGUGCUGCAGGGCUAUCUGGGAUUUCUUCGCUUAAUAUUCCGAAUAAAGUGGGAAGUGGCGCAUGGAGAAUACCACACACAACUGAUGUAUUUCAUGAUUCAAAUGAUGUUAGCUUGUUUUCUACUUCGCUGCCUGUUCUUCCACAUGAAAAGUUAAAUUUGACUGAUUCUGAACAAGAUUCUGAACAAUAUGGUCAACCGGUGGAUGAUAACUUGCUAACAUUAGGAAAAGUUCACAAAGAGGACGAAGGACAUGAUCCUUUUGACGAUGAUUUUGAAACCAGCGCCAUUGGAAACAUGCUUCCUGAUGAUGAAGACGAGCUUUUAGCUGGGAUAAUGGAUGAUUUUGACCUUAGUAGGUUACCAAAUCAACUCGAGGAUUUGGAUGAAAAUGAUCUGUUUGUUAAUGGAGGGGGAUUUGAAAUGGAUUUUGAACCCCAAGAGAGUCUUAGUUUUGGUAUUUCAAAGAUGAGCAUAUCCGAUGGGAUUGCUUCAAAUGGUAUUGGACCUUAUGCAAUCCCAAAUGGCGUGGCAACAGUGGCUGGGGAGCAUCCGUAUGGUGAGCAUCCAUCUAGGACAUUGUUUGUUCGAAACAUCAACAGUAAUGUCGAGGACUCGGAAUUAAGAACUCUAUUUGAGCAAUAUGGGGAUAUCAGAACUUUGUACACUGCAUGCAAGCACAGGGGCUUCGUGAUGAUAUCUUACUAUGACAUUCGAGCUGCUCGCACUGCAAUGCGUGCUUUACAAAACAAACCCCUGAGACGAAGAAAACUUGAUAUUCAUUUUUCAAUUCCUAAGGAUAACCCCUCGGAAAAAGAUAUAAAUCAAGGAACUCUCGUAGUGUUCAAUUUAGAUCCAUCAGUAUCAAAUGACGACCUUCGCCAAAUAUUUGGAGCUUAUGGUGAGGUCAAGGAGAUCAGGGAAACACCACAUAAGAGACACCAUAAGUUUAUUGAAUUUUAUGAUGUUAGAGCAGCAGAUGCAGCUCUUAAAGCAUUGAAUCGAAGUGACAUUGCCGGCAAACGCAUAAAACUUGAACCUAGCCGCCCUGGUGGGGCACGCAGAAACUUGAUGCAACAACUGACUCAAGAACUGGAACAAGAUGAAGCUCGAACUUUUAGGAGUCAAGUGGGUUCACCUAUAGCCCAUUCUCCCCCAGGUAGCUGGGCGCAAUUUAGUAGUCCUGUUGAACCUAAUCCAUUAGGUUCUUAUAGCAAGUCUCCUGGUUUGGGUCAGGCCAGCCCUAUAAGCACCAACCAUUUAUCUGGAUUGGCUGCAAUUCUUUCCCCUCAUGCAUCAACAUCUCCCAAAAUUGCGCCUAUUGGCAAGGACCCUGGAAGAGUUUCAAGUCAUAUGUUUGCCAACUCUGGAUCAACACAAGGAGUAGCUUUUCAGCAUUCUAUCUCCUUUCCUGAACAAAAAGUAAAUGCAAGUCCUAGGCCUAUAUCUGCUUUUGGUGAAACAAAUUCAAGUUCAUCGAGUGUUGGAACACUGUCUGGUCCUCAAUUUCUUUGGGGAAGCCCGACUCCUUACUCGGAGCAUUCAAACACAUCUGCCUGGUCUGCAUCUUCCCUUGGGCAUCCAUUUACAUCUAGUAGCCAGAGGCAGGGUUUCCCAUACACGGGUCAUCGCAAUCCUUUUAUUGGCUCUCAGCACCAUCAUCAUGUAGGAUCUGCUCCUUCUGGCCUUCCUCUUGAACGAAAUUUCAGAUACUUUCCAGAGUCACCUGAUGCUUCUCUCAUGAGCCCCAUCGGAUUUGGGAAUUCAAAUCACGGUGAUGGGAAUUUUAUGAUGAACAUGGGUUCCCGUUCAUCUGUCGGGCUUGGUCUUGGCCUUUCAGCAACUACCAGCGAAAUUGGUUCACCUAAUUUCGGAAUGAUGUCCCUACCUGGUCAUGGUUCCUUGUUUCUUGGAAAUAGUUUGUAUGCCGGACCAGGAUUAUCUAGCAUUGAAGGAUUUGGUGAUCGUGGACGAAGUAGGCGACCUGACAAUAAUGUGAACCAAAUUGAGAGUAAGAAGCUUUACCAGCUUGAUCUUGACAAAAUCAUCAAUGGUGAAGAUACAAGGACUACAUUAAUGAUUAAAAACAUUCCUAACAAGUACACUUCGAAGAUGCUGCUUGCUGCAAUUGAUGAAAAUCACCAGGGAACUUAUGAUUUCCUCUACUUGCCAAUUGAUUUUAAAAAUAAGUGCAAUGUGGGUUAUGCUUUCAUCAAUAUGGUCUCUCCUUCACACAUCGUCGCCUUCUAUAAGGCCUUUAACGGGAAGAAAUGGGAGAAGUUUAAUAGCGAAAAAGUUGCUUCACUGGCAUAUGCACGGAUUCAAGGAAAGGCUGCACUUGUGAUGCAUUUUCAGAAUUCAAGCUUAAUGAAUGAGGAUAAGCGGUGUAGGCCGAUCCUCUUUCAUUCAGAAGGCCAAGAUACUAGUGACCAGGAACAUUUUCUAUCCAGCAACUUGAAUAUAUGCAUUCGUCAACCGGAUGGAUCUUACUCAGGUGAUAUGUUGGAGAGCCCAAAGGGCAAUUCGGACGAGAACCUCGAGAAAGAUUAACCAUUUGUUAGAUAUAUUAUUGUUCCUAGCCACAUUGCAUAUGGUCUAGGAGUGCUAACUACUGCAUAGAUUAUCCUAAAGGUGUACAAAGUUGAUUCAUAAAACAAAAAACAAAAACAAUGGUGUAUAAAGAUUAAGGGCGGUAUCCAUUUAUCUGCGGGAGGAGACUACUCUUAAUGUAUUAAUAGUUCAUGAUAAUCUUCAAAAAAAAAAAAAAAGCAGAAAUGAAGAUGUGUAGAGAAACAAUUGUGUUAUAACUUAUAAUACCAGAGGAAAAGAAUAACUUGGAGUUGGAAGUGUAUUGCUGGAUGGUAAGUUUCUACAGCAGCAUGCAUGCCAGAUUGUGCAGGAUGACUGUCUUGGAUUUAUUAUUUUUUCUGGUCCUUUGUUGAGGCUAUUAUGGUCUUUUGAGGAAUAUUACUAUGUAUAUGUACCAAAACAAAGUUCCAAAUUAUGGAAAAAAGUUUGUAUAUAAGGAAAACAAGGAACUAUCUUGUUUGUAAUUGUUGCUUCAUUUAGUCUCAAAUGUGUAUGUACAUGUCUGUACAGAUGUGAACUGGUUUCAUCAGAAUGUUGUUAGUGAAAGUCUCGAAACAUUGUAAUAUUGAAGGUUCUUUUUAGUAUUAAUUUAUUUAUCUUAAAUGAA